GUCCCGCUACCUAUAUAUAUCUCCAUCUCGAGUGCCUGGAUCACAUCAGCAAAUUAAUCAACGGGCUCAAGCGUUAACACACACACACACCGAUCACCGAACACGUCUGAAUUCGCCACGGGCGACGCGCCGCCGCCGGAUUCACGAGGAUGCUAGUCCGCUGCCUCCUCGUCGUCGCCCUCGCCGCCGUCGUGGCCGCCGCCGCUGGGCGCCUCGCCUUGGCCAAGGAGAAUAACGGCGGCCGUGGGAGAUGGCAAGUGUACUCGCCGGCGCCGUCGCCGCAGAAGCACCCGUGCCUGGAGAACCCGCCGAACAUGACGGAGAACACGGGCGGGGAGGCCGGCGACGUCGUCCACGGCUACGGCGGCCUGGAGUGCUACGCCACCGGCUCCCGCCGCUCCGGCGGCCGCGCCGUCAUCCUCGUCUCCGACUACUACGGUUUCCGAGCACCAAAACUGAGGAAAAUAGCGGACAAAGUUGCAUACCAGCUUGGAUGCUACGUUGUGGUUCCUGAUUUGUUGUUCGGGGACCCUUACACCGAUGAUCCAGCGAGGCCAUUUGAGGAGUGGAUCAAGACACACUCUCCGGUUGAAGCAGCUGAAAAGACUAAACCGCUUAUUGCGGCUCUGAAGAAGGAUGGGACGUCUACUGUUGGAGUUGGAGGUUACUGCUGGGGUGGAAAGGUGGCCGUGGAGCUAUCAAAGACUGAAGAAACCAAAGCGGUUGUCAUUUCGCAUCCCGCGCUAGUGGUUGUAGAUGACAUGAAAGAGGUCAAAUGUCCCAUUGAAAUCCUUGGGGGUGAGCUUGAUACCAUCUCUCCACCACAGCUAAUACACCAGUUGGAGGAUGCCUUAGAUCAGAACAAAAGGGUUCAUCACUUGGUGAAGAUCUUCCCGGAUGCGCCCCAUGGCUUCGCCUGCAGAUACAACGCUACCGACCCGUUCGCCGUCAAAACUGCAGAAGAAGCUCGUGCUGACAUGGUCAAAUGGUUUGACAAGUAUCUGGAGAUCAUGAAGCGGUGAAAGAUUCAGUUGCACGGUUCCUUGGACUUGGAUAUCCAAUACUACUAAAUAAGAAGAAAAUGAACCACUAGGCGCCUCAUGUAUCCAGUAAAUUACAAACCAAUUAUUUGGCUUACAGUUUCAUCAAAAUUUUCCUGCCUGAAGCAUAUGAUGAAAAGCAAUAAAGCAAAGAAAAGCUAUAUAGGUUGGGAAAAAAAAGAGGACUCGAACCGGGUCUCUUCGGUGAGAACGGAGUAUAUCCUAAAUAGCUAGAGCACUUACUUUAUUCACUGAAAUUUGCGUUCAUCGAUUCGUUAAAAAAAAAAAGCUAGAUCACGGAUGCUGGUAUAAGUCACAUUUGUACCUAUAAAUUCACCUUAGAGCGUCAGUUUGCCAACUUACAAAGUGACACUGUUGUAUCAAAAUGA